AUGGCUCACAGGCCGCGGGAAGUGCUUUCUAAGGUCGAACGUGAUGCGCUUAGAGAACUCAAGGCCGACAAAGACCUGGUCAUCGUGCCAGCGGACAAAGGACGCGCCACAGUUGUACUGGCCAGGACAGACUACCUUCAAAAAGCCAAAGGUUUACUGGGGGACCGACAGUUCUAUGUCCCAUGUGCAACGAACCCUUUAAAGGCGCUGACACGCGAAAUUAAUGCUACGUUGUUGGCCUUGGAGAACUCAGGUGCAAUAACACCGACCGACAGACGCAUGGCGAGACCCCAAGAUACGGCUUUGGCCCGAUUCUAUGGCCUCCCUAAGGUGCAUAAAGACGGCGCUCCUCUCCGACCCAUCGUGUCGCUCAAAGGGACUCCAAGGUACGGACUGGCUAAGUGGUUGUUCCGGCGUCUCAAGUUCCUGACCGCUGAGUCAGACACCACGGUCUCUUCGUCAGCACAGUUACUGGAGAAACUCAAAGGGGUAAGCAUCCAUCCAAAUGAGGUCAUGGUAUCUUUUGAUGUUACAUCCCUUUUUACUUCUAUUCCCCAGGACCUGGCGAUCGAGACAAUUGAGCUGCUACUACAAAGCAAAUACGAUGAAACGGAGAACCGUCUUGGACACGCCCAAGUCCUUCAGCUCUUUAAGCUCUGUCUCAGGACGUACUUCACGUUCGACGGGACAAUCUACGAACAGGUGAAGGGCACACCAAUGGGUUCGCCGAUUUCGGGAUUCAUCGCCGAGGCGGUCCUGCAACGGUUAGAGUCGCUGGUCUUCCAACACCACAGACCGAAAUUCUGGGCCCGGUAUGUGGAUGAUACCUUCGUCGUCAUCGAACGGGAUCAGGUGUUGACAUUCCAAGAACAUCUCAACGCCGUCUUCCCGGACAUUCAAUUUACGAUGGAGGAGGAAGAGAACAACCAGCUGGCCUUCCUGGAUGUCCUCGUAUGCCGCAAAGAUUGUGGUGAACUAAAAACCAAAGUGUUCAGGAAAGUGACAAAUACGAUGCAAGUACUGAACUUCAACAGUAACCACCCAAUCAGCCACAAACGCAGUUGUGUAAGGACGUUCUAUCGGCGUGUCGGAACGCACUGCAGUGAGCCGGAAGACAAAAUUGCUGAACUACAAUACCUCCGACGGGUCUUCAAAGCCAAUGGCUACCCGCGCAACUUCGUCGACCGGUGA